UGUGUUUUCUAUGGGAUGUAUGAGAAGAUCCUGCUGUUUCGUCAUGACCAGACAUCGGAUAACGUGCUGCAGCUGCUGCGCUCGGCAUCCCAGAUCCAGGAGGGCGACCUGGUGGAGGCCGUUCUGUCAGCUUCCGCCACAGUGGAGGACUUCCAGAUCCGUCCUCACUGUCUGUUCGUUCACUCGUACCGAGCUCCGGCCUUCUGCGACCACUGUGGCGAGAUGCUGUGGGGACUCGUUCGACAGGGACUCAAAUGUGAAGGCUGUGGUCUCAACUAUCACAAGCGUUGUGCCUUUAAGAUCCCCAAUAACUGCAGCGGAGUGAGGAGGCGUCGCUCGUCCAACGUCUCCCUGACGGGGGGGCUGAUAAACCUGGGUCGCCCCCUCUCCGCUGAGCCCUCACCCCCCCACUACACCGACGAUGCUUUACUGUCUCCAGUCAGUCCCAGCAUGGAGCAGAAGAACCAAUUAGAUUAUUUCCCUGGUCGAGAGCGUCGCUCCAGCUCCCAGUCGUACAUCGGCCGUCCCAUCGAACUGGACAAGAUCUUUCUUACAAAGGUCAAAGUUCCUCACACCUUCCUGAUCCACUCGUACACCCGACCCACCGUCUGCCAGCACUGCAAGAAGCUGCUGAAAGGCCUCUUCAGACAGGGCCUGCAGUGUAAAGAUUGUAAAUUUAACUGUCAUAAACGAUGUGCUCCUAAAGUGCCAAACAACUGCCUCGGAGAAGUUUCCAAAAAUGGAGAGCUCUUGAGCCCGGGGGCGGAGUCAGACGUCAUCAUGGUGGAGGGUUGCCUUGACGACCAUGAUAUCGACCAAGGCGGCGGCCUGUUGGACGACAUGGACGAAGGGCUGACGUCAGAGGGGGGUCUCUUGCUGGAUGCGGGGCCCAGCGACCUCUGCGACCUGCACGACCCGGACCUGGACGAGUCCAACCGGGCCAUCAGCCCGUCCACCAGUAACAACAUCCCUCUGAUGCGAGUCGUUCAGUCCGUCAAACACACAAAGAGGAAGACCAGCAACGUGAUGAAGGAGGGCUGGAUGGUCCACUACACCAGCAAGGACACUCUGAGGAAGAGACAUUACUGGCGGCUGGACAGUAAAUGCAUCACGCUGUUUCAGAAUGACACAGGAAGUAAAUACUACAAGGAAAUCCCUCUCUCGGAGAUCUUAUGUCUGGAACCGGCUCAGACCUUCUCUCUGCUUCCUGAUGGAGCCAAUCCUCACUGCUUUGAGAUCACCACAGCGUCGCUGGUUUACUACAUCGGAGAGCACCUGCAGAGAACUGAGUCAUCAACCAGCAGCAGCAUUCUGGUCAGUGGAGUCGGACAGGAUGUGGCUCGGAUGUGGGAGAUGGCCAUCCAGCACGCUUUGAUGCCGGCCGUCUCCACAGGAAUUUCCCGCAACUCUCACCGCAGUGGACACAAGGAAAUUUCCAUCAGUAUUUCUGUCUCCAACUGCCAGAUCCAGGAGAAUGUGGACAUCAACUCGGUGUAUCAGAUCUUCCCAGACGAGGUUCUCGGCUCCGGACAGUUUGGAAUCGUCUACGGAGGUAAACACAGAAAGUCCGGCCGAGACGUCGCCAUCAAGAUCAUCGACAAACUCCGCUUCCCGACCAAACAGGAGAGUCAGCUACGCAACGAGGUGGCCAUCCUGCAGAGUUUGCACCACCCGGGCGUGGUCAACCUGGACUGCAUGUUUGAGACUCCAGAGAGGGUGUUUGUCGUCAUGGAGAAGCUCCACGGAGACAUGCUGGAGAUGAUCCUGUCCAGUGAGAAGGGACGACUGCCGGAGAGGAUCACCAAGUUCCUGGUCACACAGAUCCUCGUGGCUCUGCGUCAUCUCCACUUCAAGAACAUCGUCCACUGUGAUCUAAAACCUGAAAACGUGCUGCUGGCCUCUGCCGACGCAUUUCCACAGGUGAAGCUGUGUGACUUCGGCUUCGCUCGGAUCAUCGGCGAGAAGUCGUUCAGGCGUUCGGUGGUCGGCACGCCGGCGUAUCUCGCCCCCGAGGUCCUGAGGAACAAAGGCUACAACCGCUCUCUGGACAUGUGGUCGGUGGGAGUCAUCAUCUACGUCAGUCUCAGUGGGACGUUCCCUUUCAAUGAAGAUGAAGAUAUCAACGAUCAGAUCCAGAACGCUGCCUUCAUGUACCCUCCUCAUCCCUGGAAGAAAGUGUCCCAGGAAGCGAUUGACCUGAUUAACAACCUGCUGCAAGUAAAGAUGAGGAAGAGAUACAGUGUGGACAAGACCCUCAGUCACCCCUGGUUACAGGACUACCAGAUGUGGCUGGACCUGAGGAACCUGGAGUCCCGGAUGAACGAGCGCUACAUCACCCACGAGAGCGACGACCUGCGCUGGCAUCACCACGCCCAGCUCAGCGGCCUGGACUACCCUUUACACCUCCUCAACGGCCCGCGCAGCGACGGCGUUCAGGUUGUGGAGCGCUACCAGGAGCACGAGGAGGAGCUGGAGACCCUCAGCGAGAGGGUCAGUGAACUCUGAGGACGGGGAUCCGACACGAGAC